AUGGCCGCUGCCGUUCAGGGAUCACAUGUGAAUGCGGGGAAAAAGCUGAAAAAUUCCCUAAAAAAGAAAAAGAAGAUGAAAAUGGUAGCCAGGGCCGCAGCAUCAGAGCUGGAAGAUGAACACAAAGACGCUGCGGACAGCGGAGGUUCUGUAGGAAGCUGUGGAUCAGAAAAGGACCAAUUUUCUGAUGAUGAAGCGGUAGAAGCUGACAAAGAAGAUGAUGUUGAACCUUGUGACAAAGAAAAUGAGAACGCUGCAGAAUCUGGUGUUGGAACUAAUACGGGCUGGGCAGAUGCCAUGGCUAAGAUCCUUAACAAAAAAACUCCUAAAAGUAAACCCACCAUUUUGGUCAAAAACAAAGAGCUGGAAAAGGAAAAAGAAAAGUUAAAGCAAGAGAGACUAGAGAAAAGAAAACAGCUUGAUAAGAAGCGGGAGUGGGAAAUGAUAUGCAGAGUAAAGCCAGAUGUUGUCAAAGACAAAGAAACAGAAAGAAAUCUUCAGAGAAUUGCAACAAGGGGUGUGGUGCAAUUAUUUAAUGCUGUUCAGAAGCAUCAGAAGAAUGUUGAUGAAAAGGUUAAAGAAUCUGGAAGCUCUAUUAGAAAGCGUGCUAAGUUGAUAUCAACAGUUUCUAAGAAAGAUUUCAUCAGUGUUCUUAGAGGACAGGAUGGAAGUACACAUGAGAAGAGUUCUACUGGGAGGAACCCAAAAGCCAAACAGGCUGAAAUGAAAUCAGAAGAGGGCCCAGGAUGGUCUAUCCUACGUGAUGAUUUCAUGAUGGGAGCAUCUAUGAAAGACUGGGACAAAGAAAGUGAUGGGCCAGAUGACAGCAGAACAGGAUCUGGAAGUGACUCUGACACAUGAAGUUAUAUAGGAAGCAAAAUUUUUAAUCAUUUUAUUUUUCCUGGAAAAGUCUUCAUGCUCUGAAAGAUGGGGGAUAAGGAUACCAUUUGUAAGAAAGCCAAAAGACUUUUAGUUUACAAAUUUUGGUGUUUUUCUUUUUCACAUUAAACUUUGUUAAACUGUUUUCAAGCCUUGUAAAUUUUUAGCAUUAUUUCUCAAAACGUUUCAUAAAAGUAAAUAUUUCUGCUUGGCCAGCAAGAUAUGCAAUUUCCAGGAUCCUUACAAGUUUACGUAUUAGUCAUGGAUAUUGGUGAAUUGAUACAGUAUCAUUAAUGUUUCUAGAAAUGGCAAUACCAGUUCAUAAUUAAAAUGAACUAUUUGAAGUUACUACUUCUCUGCCUUCCAAUUGAUAGAUCUGUGUAUUUAUAGUUUUUUGGGAGGAGAGCUAGUGUGUGUUUGUUUUGAUGAGCUAUUGAGAAAGCCUCUGUAGUAAAAUUUAAAGUUACAGUGUUCUUGGUUUUGAUAAUCUGGCAAGUAUUUUGAUUUAAGAAAUGCUUUAGACUUCUACUUUUAUAAUAUUUCCUUUUAUAUAUUAAGUGUACUAUAAAUAACAACUUAGAUUAAUUUUAAAUGUUAGGUUAUUUUUGCAUGAGCAAUUUGAUGACAUAAAACUCUGGUGUUUGAGUUAUGCAAAGACACAAUUUUGUAGGAAGUAUAUUUGACAUUUUAGUCUCUCUUUUUUUUUUUUCCUGAAUAUGAGUUGGCUUAAAUUAUUUUUAUGGACUGACCAGUGACAUGGUGGAGUUACACAGCAGGUAGUCUGUAUUAGAAUACUGCAUCUAAUUUGAGACUUGAUUCCAUAUUGUUGCCUUAAAGUUUAUUAAGAUAGGACUUUUGGUAUCUACCUGUUAAACAAAAGGGAAGAGAAAUGUUUAAUAUCAUUUCAAGAUUUCUGUGAAACUGGGUCUAGGAUAAAAAGUUUAUAAAGGAAUUAUUUAAUAAGUUAUCUGUUCCUUUUUUUUUAAAAAAAAAGAUCCAUUCCUUUCUCUACCCUUCCAUAAUAUUUUAUAAAAAUAGUUUUCUCUUACUACCCAUUUGUGCGUACUUGGAUCUGCUGUAUUCUGAUGAAUAAUUCUCCCCCAAAAACUAUGUGCUAGAGCAGAGAUGUUUAUAUUUUCAAACCCAUUUGAGUGUUAAAAAUAUUUUAUAACUCAAGUUAAAUUAGUCUAUGGUCUGGUAUUUGUUAUCAUAAAGGAAGGUGUGCACCCAUGAUAUUAAGUGGUUAAACAAGCAAAGUUCAAGGUGCAUUUUUGCGCUUAUCCCAACUUUUUAACUUUUUAGUGUCUUAUUUAAUUGUAGAACUGCCAUUUUGUCAGUGUAAUAUAAAUAAGGGUGAAAAAAUAUUCCUUAAUAGUAAUACAAGAAGGCUAAAUAUCUCAAUGUAACUUAACAGAUAAACAUUUUAAACAUAAAAUAUAACCUAGCACAUAGAUAAUUUUGAAAAAAUAAAAUUGUGGCACCUAGAAAAUUUUUUCUUCCCAAAACUUAAAAAUUGUUUUUUAAUUCUUGCUAUUAAUCUAUUUCUGGAUCAUCCUAAAGCUUUGCAGAAAUUCUUUUGCAUCUAUCAGAUGAUAGAAAUGGAUGAAUAACUUUUAAUUUACCAAAAAGCUGUCUGGGAAAUGUAUACUCUUGUUUUAGUCCUUGGUUUAAUUUAGAAAAGCUGAAUCAAGAUUUUCAAAGUGAAAGUAAGAGAAUAUUCUCAGAUAUUCUUCUUUGAGAAAUUAUUUUAUUCCAGAAUAAAAUUGAGUUGCCACUGUAAGAAAAAAAAGUCUCUUUUAUGUUUAGAAGUCUAUGAAGCACACGUUAAUAACAUGAACUAAUUUUUAUCAAAUAGAUGGGAUGUUUUAUAUGUAUUAAUAUUUCUGCAUUUGGGCUAUAAGAUUUUUAAGCAAAAUACCAUGUACAAAUAUGAAUCUAAGGAUGGAUAUAGUAUUUUAGAAACUAAAUAUGUAUUUUUAGAUGAAUGUUUUGAAUAGUCUAUUCUAACUCAAUCUAAAUCUAUUCUGGCACCUUAAAUAUUUUACUUAAAACCUUUAAAUUCUUCUGACAUGAACCAGAUUAGUAAUUCUGAAUCUACUCCAUCUUCUUACAUUGUCUUUGAAUCCUUUAAGGAGAGGAAAGAAAAAUAAUUGUAUUCUUGUACCUACCCCACCCCCUUUUGUUUAAAUGUAACUAUAUUACAACUUGAUUUUUGGUCACUAUUUAGAGUAAUAUAGUAGUAGUAAAGUAGUAGUAAAGAGAUUAUUUUUCUUUGGAAAGAACAAUAGAGAAUAGUAACCCACAAUUUAAAGGUAUUAUCUUAUUCCCUUGUCUCCUCGGUAUUUAGCAUAGUUUAGCAUUGGUUAUUAAUUGUUUUUGACCAUUGAAAUCUCAAAGCCAAAGAUAAUACCUCUUUAAGACUGAAACUAGAUUCCGAUCAUCCUAGUUUAGUACUCUAGAAUGGAGUUGAAGUACUGAAUUUAUUUUCAAGUUACGUAGAAUUCUGAAAUUUUAUUCAGUUGAUUGCAAAAUAUACCAAAAGACUCACUUUCAGUACAUAGAGUCUAAAAUGACUCACUAGGAGGUUCUGGAAGGUUUAUUUGAGGGUAUGUCCAGUUUCUUUAAAAUAUUUUGAGUUCUUUAAAUAAGUAGAUGAAAAAAUAGCUAGCAAGAUGGUAGUAAACAAACGAAAAACAAAUGGGUGAAGAAAGGAAUGUUUUUAUUCUGUAAAACCUCUUUAGACUUUUUAAUCAACAUGUUUUGCAUGUAUGAAUACAUGGAACAUUCAGGGGCUACCAACUGGACUAAUCCCACAACCUGUGCUCAUCCACAUGCCAUGAGUACAGUAUUUAAUUGUUAAACUAUUUGAUUACAGUUUAUGGAUGCCUAAAGAUGUCCUAGUUAAACACAUAAUAGCAGAGAAAUCCUGAGGUAUGAAGUGUAAGCAGAAAUAUGGACAGACUGAAAAACAACUGUGUUGUCAAGAAGUUAAAGGAAUUGUAAGGCCCAAGAAAAUGGCUGUAAAGGAAACUUCAAGGAGAAUACAUAUUUAUAUAGAAAACUUAAUAGUAGAUCACAUAACUGAUAUUUAACUUGCAUUGAUCAAGCACCCAUUGUAUUUCAGGAUCUGUGCUAGAAUCAUUUGAGUGAUAAUACUGUUCAUAGCAAAAUAAGGGAUCAUUUUAUUCAUAUAAAGACUAAAAUCUCGUCCUUUUAAAAAUUAAAUUCCUGCCAUUAAUCCUCACUGUAUGAUUUAAGUAAUGUGGCAAGUUAAUGUAACAGUGAUAACUUGAAAUAAAUCAGUCAUCUACCAGGACUCGAAAAAUCUUUGUUCACAACCUUUUAAAAACAAUUGUAAAGGAAUCUAGGAUCUACAUUAACAGGAGUCCUUGAAUGAAGCUUGUUUAGAACUGUGUUUAGAAUAAUUUGUUGGUACUCUGUAGAUGGAUUAGCUUCAUUUUUAUUUGGGAACAUUUUUCAGUUGAGGAAAGCAGAAUUCAUUCUGUGUUUUUUCUCGAAUUCAUCUGUUAGGAUCAGUGUGACUGGUAUUUGUCUCUGCUCUGUAUGUCAGUGAUAGGUAGAGAGUCUGGUAAGCCCUGCAGAUAUUAUGAGUACGAAGACUAUUUGAGGUGAAUUGGCAGAAAGAGCAAAUUUUGUAAAUGGGAGAGAGAACUACUCCAUGCCUACAAAAAGCUCUCUUAUUCCUUCCCCAAGAAAACAGGAGUCUGAAUUUUCGCCAGCUGGGUGCAUGAAUCUUAUUGACUAUGCAGCAGGGGGAGGCCUGGUGAAUUUUUUCUCUGGGUGAGCUUUUCUGAAACUUGAUUAAAUAUAUUAAUCAAGGAGACCUAUGAAACAUUUAGAAGUAGAAUGAUAUGUGAGGCAGGUGAUAAGACAUUUAGAAUACUGAUUUAUGUUUAAUGAAAUACUUAGAGUUGUAAUGAAUCUAGUCACGGAAUUGUAGACACUGAAGAUAUUUUCUAACAAUCCUUAAUUUUGAAUUCAAUCAUACAAUACCAAAUCAUCUAAUUUAUUAAAUAUGAUGAGUUAUGAUUUAGGACUAGAUGUGUGAUGCAUCUUUUUGCUCAGAAGAGGUGUCCUCAAACAGAUUUGUAAAAGAUGUUUUAUUUUAUUUUGCUUUGUUAAAGACAUCUGGUCUAAUAUUGCUCACCUCACUCCUUCCUUUUUACUCUUCCCCUCAGUGGCAGGUAUACAUAUUUAGCUUUCUGUUAAAUGCUCUUUAUAUUUCGUUAGAGUAAGUAAGCAAGGAUAUGUAUUAGAGGAGUUCUAGCACUUUCCACUAGAACUUUCUUUGAUGACGGAAAUAUUUUAUAUUUGCACUGUCCAAUUUGGUAGCCACUAACACAAGUGGCAUUCGAGCAUAUAAAAUGUGGCUAAUGCUAUGGAGAAAAUGAAUGUUUAAUUUUAUUAAUUACUUUAAAUUUUAAAAGCUACAUGUGGCUAGUGAUAGUCUUAUCGUAUGAGAGAAUAAAGUUGCAGAGCAUAUAGUCUAAUAAAACAGUAGUGAAUUUUGGAAUUAUGUCUGUCUUAAGCUUUUUCCAUAAACUUUAAGGAUACAAUUUAAGGACAUACAAAUACUGGUAGAAUUUA